GCAUCAGUUAUUGAUGUCAUUGGCCAUGCCUUCUCUGGUAGCAGUGCAGUGCACUGCAUGACGUUGAACGAGAUUGGAAGGUCGUAAUUAAAAAUUGCUGAUGUAUCUUCCCAAUGCAUCACCAAAAACAGAUUUGAUCAGUUUAUUUCUUCAGAAGAUGAAGGGGCAUUAGUUCUUCAGAGGGUGAGAUGCUGCAAGUCAUAAAACUCCUCCAGAGAUUCAAUUAAAUGUCUCAUUAUCUGAUAUAUGAUUAGCUGUUGCUGAUCAUACACAGCAACCAAAUACCAUGGAGCCAGGAAUGGAACCACAGGUCCAAGACAAUACUUCAACAAGCAGAACUGAGUUCCUAGUGUCUUUGUCAUCUAAAGUCGACGCCAUGAAGGAGCUCAUUACACGAUGUAGCAGCAGUGACCAAGCGAUCCUGGAUGGUGAGCUCCAAACCCUUGUCAAACAACUAGAGACAGUGAUCAGAAGCAUGGCAAUGGAUCUUAGCAAGAUUCCAUUUUCUGAUUUCAAGAACCAAUUCAGCCAACCAGGACAAAUUAAUGUAGGGGAAAGCCCAGUUUCAGCAUCUCAGAGGGAGAAUAAUUAUGAAGAUUUCAUCAAAGGCAUACACAAAGGCAUGCAGAGAAAUGAUGCCAAAGCAUCAUCUGAUAUUCUUCCUCCAUCGGCAGAAACUCUCCAACCAGGUUACCAAGGCUUUUUCUGUCCAUUGACAGAGAAAAUUAUGAAUGAUCCUGUCACCAUAGAAACUGGCAUAACAUAUGAAAGGGAAGCCAUUGUUGAGUGGUUCAUGAGGUCCUCAGAAUAUGUUAUCUGCCCAACAACAAGGAUUGAGAUCAAAAGUACAUGUUUCUGCAGUAACCUAGCUUUGAAGAGCACAAUCGAAGAGUGGAAGGAAAGGAACGAGGUGAUGAGAAUACAGAUCGCGAGCGGUUCUCUGUCAUUAGCUGCUUCAGAAGCCAUGGUUUUGGAUGCACUCAAGGAGAUGCAACUUCUAAGCCAACAUAAUAAGCACAAGGGGCAUAUGCACAUUAUUGGAAUCACACAGCAAGUAGUGCAGCUUCUAAGACAUGAUAGUAUGGUUGUGCGGUGCGAGGCAAUGCAUCUUUUGCGCUCACUGGUGGAGGAUGAAGACGGAAAGGUUAUUGUUGCAAGGACAAGAAUCCUCACAAGGACAGUCAAGAUGAUGUCCAGCUACAAUUCUUCAGAGAGGCAUGCAGCUGUUUCAUUCUUACUAGAGCUUUCUAAAUCUGAGAUGUUCUUGGACAAAAUUGGUCUAACACCCGGAGGAAUCUUGAUUCUGAUUACGAUGAAGUACAAUAAGGAAGCUGAUCCUUUAGCUGCAGAAAAAGCAGAAGAAGUUUUGAAGAACUUGGAGAAGUUGCCACUGAAUAUUAGGUGUAUGGCAGAGAAUGGAUUUAUGGAACCCCUUUUAGACCACCUCAUUGAUGGUUUAGAAGAAGUACAGAUGGAUAUGGUGAGCUACCUCGGUGAAAUACCUCUCGAGGAUGACAUGAAAUCUUAUGUGGCAGAGAGAGCCUCCAAUACCCUAAUCCAAAUGAUCAGUGGUGGCAACCCUGUCAUCAGAAGAGAAGCAUUCAAAACUCUAGUUCAAAUCUCCUCUCAUCCUCCCAGCAGCAGGAUACUCAUUGACGCAGGCAUCACCCCGCUCAUGAUCGAUGAAAUAUUUUCACGCAGAAUCCACAGCGAGUCCCUGGAUUCCCAGGAAGAGGCUGCUGCAAUCCUUGCCAACAUACUUGAAUCAGAUGGAAUUGAUUUUUCCAACAUAAAAGUGAACAAGAAUGGCCACACCAUCAGCUCACAGUACUCAGUUUACAACCUUGUCCACCUUCUGAAGUGCUCGAUAGCGGAAAAAGUUGAUGCGAACAUUUUAAGAAUCUUAUUUUCACUUACAAAGCUCUCAAAGCCUCUGGCCACUAUCGUGUCGGUGGUAAAAGAGCUCGAGGUGACCCAAACCAUCAUUGAAUUCCUCAAUUCUCAAUUGGAAGAUCUCGUAACUGUUGCAGCAAAGUUGCUCAUCGCCCUUUCAUCUCACAUAGGAGACACCAUAGCAAGUGAUCUCACCAAGACACAAGGCCAACCAGAGGGCCUAAUCAAGAACUAUGACAGCAAGCAGAUUUCCGAAAAGCAAGCUGCAUCAGCCAACCUAAUUGCAAAGCUCCCGCACAGGAGCGCACCACUCAAUUUAGCUCUCCUUCACCAAGGUACAGUACCGGUAGUUCUCAGCAGGAUACAAGAAAUCCAGAGAGGCGAAAUACGGGCCAGCAGCAUGAGGCUCACAGCGCACUACUUGGAAGGCCUAGCAGGCAUUCUUGUGAGGUUCACCAGCGGUUUGCUUGACCAGGAGAUACUUCAGAUGGCCAUGUCAAGGGAUUUAACAUCAGUGUUUGCAGAUUUACUUGUGAGGCCAUGUGGAAGCAGUGAAGUCCAAAGGUUAGCAGCUGUAGGGCUUGAGAACCUCUCCUCUCAGUCACUAAAACUAUCGAAGCCCCCUUUAGAAGUGAGGAAGCCCUCUAGACCAAUAAACAUUUUCUCCAAGUCCAGAUCGGUCACUAACCGAGAAGGUGGUAGGUUGGUGUUAACUUGCCCGGCACACCGGGGAGUCUGCUCAACCACCACCUUCUGCUUACUGGAAUCCCGGGCUGCAGAGAGGCUGCUGGGUUGCCUCGACAAUGAGAACCCCGAGGUCGUAAAGGCAGUACUGUCGGCCAUCAGCACGCUCUUGGAUAACAACGUGGAGGUGACGGGGAGUGUGAGGGCACUGACUGAACUCGGAGCAGUGGAGAGUGUGUUUAGGGUGUUGAAGGUGUACAGGGAGGAGGAGGAGGUGCUUCAGAGGAGUCUCUGGCUGGUAGAGAGGUUCUUGGAGAUGGGGAACCAGCAGCUCUGCAGGGAGAUCUACAGCAACAAGGUGUUGUCGACAAUGCUGGUGUCGACCUUUCAUAAAGCGGAUGGCAACAACAAGAAGAUGGCUGAGAACAUUCUCAGGCAUUUGCAUAGAAUCAUGAACUUCUCCAGUAAGAGUUUUGUUAUGUGAUGUGUUGAAUUCACUUUGAUAUCGCUGAUAUCGUUUGACGAUGUUAAUAACAUUUCCUCGUGCUCUUUCUUUCA